CCGUUCAAACUUAAAAAUUUCAAAUAAUCGAAUAAUUCAAAAUUCAAACAGAAAAUUAUAUUUAUUUGAUAAUAAUUAUUAGUAGAUAGUCAUAAGUCAAAAUGGUUACCUAUUGGUAACUACUGGUAACAAUGGUAUAGAUGGGGCAUAUACCGGAAUUUCAGGAACGCUGCCCCAUGGGCCAUGGGUAUUUAAUAUAGUCAAGGUAAUUAUAAUACAUUACAUUGUAUUAUAAUUACAUUGAGUAUAGUAUUGUUCUAUGGAUGGUCUAUCCAUUAUAUUAUAUUAUCUAUGGGUAUAGCCGUUUUCGCACACGGGGUGGUGGUAUGAACAACUAUACUCUAUUCCAAAUAAGAUCAGGCUUCGAUGGCCGAGUUGUGCGCAUAGGCGUUAAACUUUUUAUCAAUUAAUUAUUUAACUAAUUGUUGAGCCAACAAAUCCCUAUGUAAAAUUAAAAAUUGGCUUCGAGGUGUACUUUCUGUGUGAAUAAUUACAUAUGUACCAAAUUUCAGAACUAUAAGCGUGAUAAGCUAUGGAUCGCUUAAACACACACACAAACAUUGGUAAAGAUAAUAGAGUAUUAUUAACCACCUGUCAAUAUUUAUUUGUUUCAGAAAGUACAAUAAAUAUUGGAGAUACAACAUUUCCAAAUGUUCCGAUGGCUUUUAUGCCCUGCAUAGAAAUCAAACCACAACCUGAUUUAGCUACACAUUGUGUUGAUGAUGGUAAUAUUUUAUUGAAGCAACAUAAUAUAUGUGGAGCUAUUAAUAAGUAUGAUCAGGCAAUUAAAGAGCGUUCUUAUUAUGCGAUUCCUCAUUAUAAUAAACGUAUAGCACUGUCCAUGCAAAACGAUAUUCCGAGCAAUGCUAUAACAUAUAAAGAGAUAGAUACUAAUCUAUUGAUUAAACAAUUCCAAGAUAAUAAUUUUGCAAGCAAAGUUGAUCCAUAUUUUGUUAUUAAUAUAAUAGCUGCUGUACCGGAACGUAGAUUUAGUGAUGAUUCUUCGGAUGAAGAACCCGAUGAAGAAUUUAAUGCAUUAUAUAAGGAAUUAGUAAAUAAUAAUGAUUGGCCCUUUACUACUAAACACAAAAAAACUAUUAGAACAAAAUCGAAGAUCCUUGACCUUGAGCCACCGUUUGUAUAUAAAAAUCAAGUUACAGCAGAUAGUAUAGUGGUGGACCCAUUGUUAUCUAAAAUAUUAGCAAAUGGAUUUGAAUCAUAUGACAUAGAUAAGUUACCAACUAUUGCUGUCAGUGUAGGACUGAAUCGUAUGUACUCUUUGAGUACAAGAAAAAAUAACUCAUUAAUUUUAGAAUUAGAAAGUCGGGUUAAUACAAGAAAAAUCAAAUAUAAAACAUUUGGUUAUUAUUGGAAUUGUUCUUGGUAUACCAAAAUUGGUAUAGAAGCAAAAAUUGAAGAUGUGAAAACAUUUUAUAAACGUUUAAAAAACAAAGAUUCAGAUUUAGCCAAAAAGUUUAUAGCACAAGAAGAAAACGAAGGCGCAGAAUGUAAUGUACCAUAUCAAUAUAUUCGAGAUCAUGCCAAGAAUCAUUCAAAAACAAUAGAACUAAUAAAAUCAUUCCGAGAUACAAAUAAUACUGCAAUACUAUAUCUCCACCUAGUUGAUUCAGAUGUACUUGAUUUCAAUGGGGUUUAUAGUGCUUAUUUGCGUAUUAUAGCUGGUUGUUAUAAACCACCUACUGUUAUGUCUACUGGAUACGAGUAUCCUGAAGGUACACGGUCCAAGAUAUACCGUUUAUUUAGUUAUAUGGAUAGAAUGUAUCGAGUGAUCACAACAUUUCAUAUUCCUCUAGGAACAUAUUACCCAGAACCAAAUAUGUGUGUAUUAAUACCACACAACUGUCAGAAGGUAGAUGAAAGUUUUAUUAGUCCUAAAAGGGGAAAAAAUCUUGGAUCACCAAUAUUAAUAGAGCAUAUACUAAAUAAUAGACCACCAAAUGUACAUGCAAUUUUUAGUGAAGACAAUCCCAUUAUCAUAAAACUACCACCAAGAGCCAAGCUAUCCAAAAUUUCAAAACAACCGUUAGAGUUUUCGCCUGAAUGUAAUACAGGUCCUGCUGCUCCAACUUCUGAUGACAUUAAAAAGUUUGACCAAGUAAGUCAGUCACAUUCUAAUAGUUUGACUUGGUCUCGUAGCUUAUUUAUCAAUAAGAGCAUUGAAUGUGAUAAUGAUUAUGAAACUGAUGGCGAAUUUAUUUUUGGUAAAAAAAAUACACGAUUAACUGUUAAUAAAGAAUGCUACCACUUGAUAGGAAAUAUUCGUAAAAAUUGUGAUGUAGAAUCAUCACAAUCUAAACUAGCUAAUCGCAUUGGUGAAGAUAAUUGCAAUAACAUAGUAAAUGCCAUUAAAGAUAUAGAACAAUUUAAGAAAUAUUUUGAUAAAAAAUAUAAAAGGACUCCAGAAGAACAAGAGUUUUUUGAUAUUAUGAAGGAAUUAGAAAUAUGUUAUGAUAAUUUAUCUCGGAAAUCUCUAUUAAUGAUUAUACAAAUUAUGCAUUUAAUCAAAGAUUAUGCAAUGACAGUUAAGUAUUUAGUUAAUUUAGAUGAAGAUAUGCUAGAAUAUAUUAUCAAUAGCGAUAAAAUUAUACAGAUUAUGCAAUUAAUCAACAACAAUACAAUGGUUAACUCUUUCGCUGAUCUGGAUAUAGAAAUGCUAGAUUAUAUUAUAAAUAACGAUGAAAUUAUGCAAGCACUUGAUCAUAAGGAAGUGGAUAUUGGUGAUUUGAUAAAUAUUUUCAGAGAUAAUUUAGAAGAUUUUGAUACAGCUCGCGAAAAUGAUUAUGGUUUACAAAAAAUAUUAGAAUUAUAUAAACAAAAUCCGCUGCACUUAUCUUUUAUGGCAAAUGACCCAUAUGAUUUUGUAUAUCAAAAUUAUGAUAAUGAUAUCAUAAUAAAUUUUGCUAUAAACUAUGAAUAUAUAGCAAGGCCUAACAUCGGAAUCGCUUUUUGGGGUUUCGGGUUAGUGGUGAUAUAAGUAAUUUUGGGUUAUUGAAUUCGGGUGUUACGGAUUAAUACACUUUUCUAGUUACGGUUAAAUGCAAAUUUAUUCGGGUUAAUGAUGGUUAAUUCGGGUACUAAAAAAAACAAAUGUUGUAUAUCAAUUAUCAUGAGAUUUUCAAUGCAAAUUUGAUAUAGUUAUCUGAUUUUAUAUUUAAAGUAAACAUAAUGAAAAAAAAAAAAAAAAAUUAUAGAGCUGCUAUCAUAAAUGGUUGGACUGAAGCCGAGAAAACUCAAUAUAUCCCUGUAUUUUUGGAAGGUUCUGCCCUUAUUUUUUAUGAUAACAUAAUAGAUAGUGGUGAAGACCUAAAAUGGGCUUAUUUAGAAAAAUAUUCCUGUUUGAAUUUGAACCAAUAGCACAGACCGUUAUGCUCCGAUUAAUGUUAGAAAAACGUAAACAGCUCCCAGACGAACACACGGUAUUUUACAUUAACGAUGCUGAAUCAUUAUGUAGGCGCAUUGAUAGUAAAAUGUCACAAGAGGAAAUGGUCCGCAAUAUAAUGAAAGGCUUAAAACCCUCCAUAGCACGAUACAUAGGGAUAAUGGGAAAUGUAAAUUAAACAGAAUUAAAAAGUAAUGUGUGGAAAUAUGAAAUGGUUGAAUUUAUGGUAACAGGUAACACACCUAAAACUUCUCUUGAUUUCCAAACAGAUAUAAUAAAAUUCUAAGCUCCAACAAAUUAACACAAAUAAAACGGCAAAAGAAAAUGAAAUAGAUAAAUUACGCGAAGAAUUAAAUAGCUUAAAAAUGAUGUGUGGCCAAAUUAUAAACAACGAACAAAAUAACAUAGAACAAAAUAAUUCACACACACUUAGCAAUAAAAAAAAUCAAAACAAAUUUAAUAAUCAAACAUGGCUUACACAAGAACCUCAAACAUAUAAGACAUCGUAUAAUAAUACACCAUAUUGGAACACAAACCCAACACAGUAAAAUCAACUACACUUCCCAUUAAAUCCGAUGAACAAUAUGUCACAAAUAAAUUACUCACCAUAUAAUUAUAGGGACUUAAAUAUUAAAAAAAAGCAAUGCUCAAUUUGCUCAAAAACUAAUCACUCAGAAGAUAAAUGCUUUUUUAGAAAUAAACCACGCCCAUCAGUGUGUCAGAUUUGUAAUAAAUUCGGGUAUACCGCGAAUAAUUGUGAUUUAUACAUCAAUAAGUCAAAAAAACUAAAUGCAAGGUUAAACACGGCUGAUAAUUGUUCACCUUUAAUUACAGCAUCCUCGAAUCAACACAUAAAUAAAAUUAACUGUACACCCUAUGCCUUUUACAUAGAAGCAGAAUUUAAUAAUAUCACUUUACCAAUAACAAUUGACACGGGGGCAAACAUAUGUUGUAUUCGACAAGAAUUACUACCUUUAGAAUAUAGAUUCUAUAUAGAUUUCUAUAUUAUAGAAUAACGCCAAGCACUAUACAGCUAUCAGGGCCAGAUAAUAAACCACUAUGCAUGGCGGGUAUAACAAAAAUCAAAAUUAAAAUUAACAACUACAACUUUGAUGUAGACACCUACGUUGUCAAAAAUCUAUCAAGCGCAAUAAUAUUCGGGAAUAAUUUUUUGAUAAAAAACAAUGCUUUAAUCGAUUUCAAAGACAGUAACAUUAUUUUAAGUAAUAAUAUAAAUAUCCAAUUAAAAAUAAACAAUACAAACGCGGUAAAUAGUAUAAAUAAUAAAAACAAUAUUAUAGAAUUAAAAGAUAGCAUAUUUAAUUGCCCAGAUAACUUUGUUAUAGCUCGCUGUAUAUCUGCAGAUCUCAAAAUGAAUAAGGGGAUAACAAUUAAUUUAAUAUCCAAAGUAUAUGGUGAUACUAAACCACAACUUUCAUUACAAAAAAUAAAUGUGGGAGAAACGAUACCUAUAAUCAAUAAUUAUAAAACUAUAUUUCACUUGAUAACAAAAGAUUUACACUAUCACAAGCCCAAAUAUAAGGAUCUAAAAUCUUCAAUUCACAAUCUACAACUUGAGAUCUGGACCUAUUAACAAAUCAUAACGAGUGGUUAAUCGCGGCCGGCGACUUUAACUCAAAACCCCCCAUGUGGCAUAGCCACUCAACAAACAGAGCAGGCCGUACACUCUUCGUACAAGCGCAUCUAAACGACUACUUGAUAGUAGCCCCAGACACACCCACACAUUUCCCGUCAAACACGAGAUACCGACCAGACGUGCUAGACAUCGCUUUAGUGAGAACCCCACUUCAAAUUCGAAUCACAAACCUUGAUGAAUUAUCAUCUGAUCACAAUCCGAUAAUAAUGGAAUUAUCCAGCUCGGCAAUAACCACACCACCACCAAACUCUGGCCGUUACAUCAACUGGAGAAAAUUCACAAAAGAUCUAAGUCAAGAUCUUUCAGGCACUUCCCAAAAUCUAAAUACCACAACUAAAAUUGAGGAAGCCAUCAGCAAACUUAUAAACACAAUAAAUAGUACAAUCAAAAAAUGUGAAUUUAAACCACCAAGACACAAAUCUCCAAACCAAUUACCUGUAGAAAUCCUCAAAGAGAUAAGAGAGAAAAACUUAAUAUGAAGGCUAUGGCAACAAACCCGAGACCCCCAAAUUAAAAGACUUCUAAACUCAAAAGUCAAAUUCAUAAGAAGCAUCCUGGUAACUCACAAAACCGACCAAUGGGACACAUUCAUGGACUCACUGAACACAAAAAAUGGUUCCAUUUAUAAACUAAAUAAGCGCCUGCUAAACAAACAACCAGCAACACACCCACUCAUCGGUCCUCGCGGACUUGUCUACUCAGCCAACGAGAAAUCGGAACUGAUAGCUGACUCGCUCGAAAAGCAAUUUACGCUAAACACAGGACCAGAAAUCGAAGAAAUAACUAAAGUAGCAAACGAAAUUCUAAACACAACCAUUACAUGUCCAAACCUCUUCACAUCGCCUGGAACAGUACAAAAGAUAAUCAGUAGGCUCCCAAGGAAAAAAGCACCAAAUUAGGACCAAAUUAACAACACUGCACUCAGAUUUCUCCCAUUAAACAAAAUUUUAACACUCACGCGAAUAAUUAACAGUUGUCUAAGGAUAAGCUAUUUUACAACAAAAUGGAAAAAUGCUAUCAUCAUCUCGAUCUCCAAACUCGGAAAAGACCAUAAAAAGCUCAGAGAACUACAGACCGAUUGCACUUCUAUCAUCAAUAUCUAAAGUAUUCGAAAAAGUAAUCCUAGAAAAACUCCGAAGUGAAUGUGCCGGGAAAAUCAGAAAUGAACAAUUUGCUUUCCGCCAGGGACACUCGACUGCAAAUCAACUAAUCAAACUGAUGGACGACCUCAGUACAAAUACAAAUAAGAAAGAACAAACAGCAGCAAUCUUCCUAGAUGUGGAAAAGGCAUUUGAACGCAUAUGGCCCGCAGGGUUGAUAUUCAAAAUGUCAAAAUUGCAAAUACCGAUAGGACUUAUAAAGUUAAUCGAAUCGUUCCUAACAAAAAGAACUUUCUCAGCAAAAAUCGAGGACAAAACAUCAACCACCAGGGAGAUUGAAGCCGGCGUACCACAGAGCUCCUGCCUGUCACCAACCCUUUUCAUUCUAUACACGAAUGACAUACCCCUCACAGACAAAGGACAAAUUUCUCUCUUCACAGAUGACACAAUGUUUCAUACAAAAAACAAAAACGCAAAACGUACAGCCAUCCAGCUACAGAAACAAACAGAUUUAGCUACAGAGUGGUUCAGUAAAUGGCGUUUAAAAAUAAAUCCUUCGAAAACUACUGCGGUUAUCUUUAGCCGAACCAAACUAUCAAGGAUACCGAAAAUAAAUAUCGAUGGGAUAGCAAUUGGAUGGUCAAGCAAAACGAAAUACUUAGGCAUCACCAUCAGGCGCGGGCCAAGAGGUCCUAGUAUGCGGGACCACAUCUCAAACAUAAAACAGCGUGCCACGCAAACAAGAGGUAUGCUAUAUCCCGUAAUCAACAAAAGUAGCCAUAUACCAUUAAAUACCCACCUAACAAUUUAAAAAAUGUAUAUUAUACCCAUUAUCACUUACGCCUGCGCAGCAUGGGCUCCUUUCGUCACCAGAUCCCAAUGGAGACAACUCGAGGCAAUCCAGACAGUAGCCAUACGGAUGGUAACAGGCAUGCCACAAUACCUUAGAAACAACGUUCUACUCAAACAAACCAAUUCAAUCACAAUCGAACAAACCAUCCAACAACAAAUUUUUACACCAAUCAACAAUCCAUAUUCAAACACAUUCAAACUUUAGGCCGUUCUAAAACAGACCAAUUAUAUCAAAAGCCCCCAGACCCUUCUCAUGGGCAUAUGAAGAUCAACCCAUAUUAAAUCACUAACUCCUUCAAAUACUUCCCUCUACUAGAAUAGGCCCCGAGCCUGGUAUAGUUAAUAGGCCAAAGGCCGCCACAACAAAGCAAAGCAGACCGACACAUUCUUCAAUCAACAUUUCUUCACAUCUUCAACAACCACGGAACGAAGAAAAGAAGAACCGAAGACACGAACACCAGACACCAACCAGCACGAGACUCAAAUCAAGAACACAGACGAAGCCAUCAGUACCGUGACGACGACAUCCAGCGUACGAGACGGCUUCUGGCGAUUCAACUUACCGCUCCGAAUACAACUGUCAACAAGCGGCGAAGACACUCGUGAUACGAGGCGGCGAAAUUACGGCGAAUCCAUAUUACAACACGGACGACGUAACCACACCAGCGCCAAGACGCGACAAUCGACGAGCAAAUACCAUCAACAGCGUUGCUAGAACGCACCAACGGUCGAUCUACCAUUGCGGCCAGCUAAAACGGUUCUUUUCAGAACCUGCAAUACUUGACGUCCCACCCUCAGUGUGCCUGCUAAGGCGCCACUGCGAGAUAGGACCGCAUCGGACACGAAUUACUAGAGCCCGUGAACGAGUGGUUCUAGCUCGCCUUUUUUAAUUGUAUAAUUAUUCAUGCCGAAUUAAAUAACAUCCAAUAUUUGUAUUUUGGUCGCACCUCUACAGGUCCGAAACCGCCCGUCGCGGCCCGAUUCUACAAGCCAGCCGCACGGUUCGGGAUAACUUUCGCCUUAUACGUAAUAUACCCAUAUUGUAUAUAAAAUCGCACAAUAAAAACACAAGAUUGUACCUAAGACAAAAUAAGCGUACAGUCAUUUAAGAUCACGGAACGUCGGGAAUCGACGGACCGUAUCAAUACUAACAUUAAUAUACAUAUAUACCAUAAAGAUGAACAAAACAUAACACACAAUUGGAAAUCAAAAGAACACGCAAACAUAAUAAAUAACAUUCAUACAUUUUUAAUGAUAAUAAUAAUAAUAAUAAUAAUAAUAAUGAAACAAAAAUAAAAGACAUGGUACAACCUAAAAAUCAAAAUCAAGCCAAUAAUAUAUUUCCUAUAUUCAAACUAAGAGAAAGCGUCCUCAACAAUGGGAAUUGUGGAUUGAAUACCGUUACAACAAAAAUGUCAAAUAAAAUUCCCAACAAUAUAGUUCACAUACAAGAAAUACCGACACUCAAUUCAUUGAUACACGAUAUAAAAAUUAAAGAAACGAAAAACUAUGAUAAAAACACAAAAAUUGAAAUAAAUAAAGUAAAAAUCACUUCGAUCGAAAAUCAUACAAAGAGAAAUAAAGAAUUAACAAAAUACCCCAACACACCAAUUUAUAUACAAAAAAACACUCCUUGAUGGAACUACAAAAAAACCUUCAUCCUUAAAAAUACAAAAAUCAUCAAGCUCUAUGAAUCACAAAUCACACAACAAUUGUCAAAUAAACCAAUAAACAAUAAAAAUACUCACUCUGACAAGUAUCCAAGCUAUAUAUUAUAAAAACAAAAAAAAAUAUUAAUACCAACUCUUAUAGGAGACUCAAAAAAAGACCCCCCAAAUAAAUGUUUUGCUUUAUUAAGAUAACUAAUAAAAAAAAACGACGAACUAUUAGACUACCUUUUUUUUUUUUUUUUUAUUGUGGUAUCGAGGACUGGAGGAGGAACUAUGGUGCCAGUACUUCUCCUCCAGCCCCCAUCGUUUAUUGUCAAAACAAACACACGACAAUUAACAGCGGCGGGACAAUCCCCCACCCGCUGUUAUUAGAAACAAAAUUGAGUUAUAUUACAAACGGUACAGAUCGGGUCUUAACUAUAGUAAAUUCCGCCGGUUUGUAGCCUGUCGCACUCGUUCCUCUUCUUCUUUGAUUGAGAGGAUGUUUUCCACCAUGCCGUAGAACAGCCUGAACCGCUCUUCGGCCUCUCUCAGGAUCGCAUCCUUCCCUUGGGCGUCCGCCGGCAGGAGCUCGAACGCCGGUCCACAAAUGAUGUCCGGAACGUCAUCGGUGCUCGGUCGGUGGCCAAUCCUGGCUCUCAGGGCUUCACGAAGGCCGUCCCAGAAGGGGUAAUCAAACAGGGUGUGUUCAACAGUGUCUGAUUCGCCCGAGCACUGCCAGCAGCGAGUGCUAGCAGCCCUGUUCAUACGAUGGAGGUACCAUUCGAAGCAGCCGUGGCCCGUGAUUGCCUGAGUCAUGUGGUACGUCAGUGGCACCCACGGGACAGUCCUACCUAGCCAUCUAGCCAGGUCAGGGAUGACUCGGCGCGUCCAGGCUGCCUUCGGGGUAGCGUGCCAUCUUGCCUGCCAGGCGACGAUCGUAAUUUAUCUUGCCUCACGUUUCACGGCCGCCUUGGAAGGCCGUUGUUCACCGGGCUCCAUUGGGGCGCGCAGACGGGAUCCGAUGUACUGCCUCUCCAGUCCAAGCAGAUCAAUGGGCGAAGGCGGCCUCGUCCGACACGGUGCGGUAGGACCGAAUUACCCUCAAGGCGGCGGUCCUCUGCGGACGGAUCAAGAUCGCCCUAGUUCUGGUGACUUCUGUAACGGAAGGGAUCCAGACGGGAGCAGCAUACAGCAACUGACUUUCCACAACGGACGCGAGCAGCCUCCUCUUCCACUGAGCCGAUCCACCCAUGUUGGGCAUGAGCCUGGAUAACGCAGCAGCUGUAUGGGCCGCCUUCGCAGCGACAGUGCUCGCGUGUGCAGCAAAGGUUAGACGCUUGUCCAGGAUCACACCGGAGGUACCUGAUCUCAUUCCGCAGUGGGAUCGGGUGGCCGCCGAACGUCAAGCGUGGUGGGACAAACGCCCGCCUCCGGAAAAGCACCACCGCCUCGCUCUUCUGAUGAGCCAGCUCUAGGCCCCUGCUCCGCAUCCAGACAUCUCUAGCCGCCAGAGUGGGAUUGAUUGCAUCUUCGAGCUGCUGUCCGGUCACGGCCGUGCCCACAACCGCGAGAUCGUCCGCAAAACCGACUAGCUGUACCCCGGGCGGCGUUUCCAUCUUCAGGAGGGAGUCGUAAGCGACGUUCCACAAGGUGGGGCCAAGGACGGAACCCUGCGGCACUCCGCAGGUCACCGGUCUCUCUGCCAAUUCCUCGCCAGUCAGAAGUGUUCGGUCAGCCAGCCAGGACCGGAGCAUCUCUACCAAGUACUCCGGGGUGUUAAUACCCCUCAGAGCUGCGUCGAUGACCGGCCACCCCAGAGAAUUGGAGGCGUUCCUGACAUCCAGCGUCACCAGAACGCAGAGGCUCUUCAAUCUCGGGGUGGUGGCCGCCAGAGCAGCGAUGCUGAGAACGGUGCCGAUUGCUAACUCAGUGCUAACUCCCCUCCUGAAGCCGAACUGGUUCGGGGCUCUUCUCCGCCCCCCGUGAGCGUCCAGGUGAUCUUCAAGCCUCUGGAGAAGGAGCCUCUCGAGCAGCUUCCCAGGGGCGUCCAGCAUGCAGAUCGGCCUGUAGCUCGACGGAGCGUCCGGAGGUUUGUCCGGACCCUUACGAAGUAGCACUAGGCGUGCCCUCUUCCAACGUGGUGGGAACGUCGACGCGUUGAGGCAAUCAUUGAAGACGCGGAGGACUGCGCAGGGCUGGGCGAGCGCGACAGCCCUGAGGAUCUCGUUGGGGAUCCCCGAAGGACCGGCCGCCUUGCCCGGUGCGAGUCUCUUUACUGCUCUGCUGAGUUCUUCCGGCCUGAAUUCUGGAAUGACCCUGGUGAACUCGAGCGUGUUCCGGACCGGGUCGAAUGCCUGAAAGAUGUUGUGCACCGCUGGGGACGGGGCCAAUCUCCAAUCCGUGACGGGGGCCGCCGGGAACAGAGCGUCGGCGAUGACGGCUUCCCUGCCCUUGGAGCUCGCGGCCGGGUUCUGGCCGCCGAGCUUCUUCAUCACUAGCUUGUAGGGUCUGCCCCAGGGGUCUGUGUCAACCUGGGCACACAAGUCGGCCCAGCCCUUGUUUUUCGCCUCCCGGAUGGCUAUGCGUAGCUCCCUCUUGGCGGCGAUGUAGGAAAACCUAGCUUCUUGAACUCCAGGCUGGUUGACGCGUCUGACGCAGGCUUGGUAUCGCCUACGGAGGGCAAGGGACUGGCGCCGCAGAUCGGAGAUCUUCUCCGACCACCAGAACACCAGCCGUCUGCCCUGAGGGCCUUUUCUUUUCCUGGGCAUGGAAGCUUCGCAGGCGCCGAACAGGAACGCGUCAAAUGAUUCAGCCGAAGACAGCGCAGUCUCAGCACAGGCGGCACUGACGGUGGCUCCUAGGUGCGUGAUGCUCAGAUGACGGCACAGGGCGUCUGGGUCGAGCUUCUUGGUUGACCAGCCGGAGGAGACGUUAGCGGGUACAUCGGCGACCGGGGCCUGGGCUGGGUCAGCCGUGUUGAAGCAGACGUAGUUGUGGUCGCUCAAUGUCUCUAGGUCGGGUACCUGCCAGUCUGUGAGGUCCACGCCUCGAUAGAACGUGAGAUCUAUAAUUGAUGUGGCCGCCCCUCUCACGAAGGUAGGGGAGGUGCCCGAGUUGGCCAAGAUCAGCCCCAGACUUAUGGCGAGAUCAGACAGCGGUGCGCCCCUGGGGUUGUUGGUUCUCGAACCCCACUCCACGUUCCAGGCGUUGAAGUCGCCGGCCAGAACGAUCGAUGAGUCCCCUCUAGCGCGGAUCGCCGCCUCAAGGUCACCCAGAAACAGUCGAUACUCCGGCAGCGAGGCCCCGGGCCUGCAAUAACAGCUGAAGACGGUCAGUCCCUGGAAUGAUAGCCAGGCGAACCCACUGCCGAAGCCCCGACCAUCGUGACUGAGCUCUGAGCGCAGUGAUGUUCCCAUAGCAGCCUUGCGAUCCGUGCUGAAACACCACCGGUCCUCGUGGCCGUAGGGGGUGGCCGGCUCAGAUACGAUAAGGAUGUCAGCCCCGAUCUCUUCCGCCGUCUGUGCCAUAAGCUGCUCUGCUGCCCAAUUCGCAUUCAGAUUUAUCUGCAGGAAUUUAAUCAUCUGUACUCUUGGCUGCUCCCGACUUUCUUCUAGCGGCGCACGCCCCGGAGCCUGGUUUGUGCGAGACCUUCGGCAGACCAGCGGUUUCGCAGGCCACGCAACGGUCGUCACCCUCGGCGCAGUCCUUCAUUAAGUGUCCUGCCACUCCGCACUUCCAACAGGCACCCGUCCUGUCCUCCGCGGUGCAGGAUCUGGAGUUGUGGCCGAAGGCCUGACACCUGAAACACCUCUCCGGUAGCAGCGUUCUCGGCCGGACGCGGCACAUGGUCCACCCGAUCGGGACCCUGGCGAUGCUGGCGGCAAUGCUCCUGGGCAUUUUCGCCGUCGCAAUCUGCUGUCCGGAUCGGGUGCCCCAUAUCCUGACGUCGCUGACUACGUCCCUGUCGAUCUGGCUGCCAGAUCGUCCUGACCGGGAAUCGCGUCGCGAAGCGCCUCCAGGACCUCCGAGGCGGUGGCGGUUGCGUCGAUGUCCAGCACUUCGACUUCCACCUGGACCCCAAGCUGGACCACCUUCCCAACGGAGUCGCCAAGCUUGCUUGACAUGGCUGAAGCAAUAGUCUUGGCUGCUUUCAUUGAGCUGCUUCCUUUGGGUAGCUCCAGGAGGAGACAUCCGUCCCGUGUCUGAGACAUCCGUCCCGGGUCUGAACUAUUAGACUACCUAUAUAAAUUACUAUAAGAACUAUUAUAUAACUAAUUUAUAAGAAUAUUACAGAAUAACAUUAACAAAUACAAAUAACCUACUUUAAGAUAUUAACCUAAGUACUAAAAUAAGUAUAAAAUUAUUAACUUAAUAUAAGUUAGCAUAAGUCAUAAAAAAAAAAAAAUGUUAAAGCAAGUAAAUACAAAGAAUGUGUAAACAUUUUUUUUCUAACCUAAUUUAAGUCAGCAUAAGCAUGAAAACAAAUGUAAAAAAAAAAUGAAAAAAAAAAUGUAAAAUGAUUAAUCUAAGUUAAGUUAGCAUAAGGUAUAACAAAAUGUUAAAGCAAGAAACUACAAAUAAUGUGUAAAAUUUUGUCUAACCUAAUUUAAGUACGCGUAAGCAAUAAAUAAAUGUAAAAAAAAAUAAUAAAAAAAUGUAGAAUGAUUAGUCUAAUUUAAGUUAGCAUAAGAUAUAAAAAAAUGUUAAAGCAAGUAAAUAGGUACAAAGAAUGUGUACAAUUUUGUCUAAUCUAAUAUAAGUCAGAAAAAAGCAUGAAAAUGAUUGUAAAAAAUAUAAAGAAAUGAAAAAAAAAAGAAUGUAUAACAAUUAACCUAAUUUAAGCUAGUUUAAGUAAGAAAAUAAAUGUUAAGGCUAGGAAAUACAAAAAAUGUAAAAAAAACCUCAUUUAACUUCUAAGAUAUCAUAAUUUUUUUUUGUUUUUAAGUACAUUGUAAGCGAAUUGACUAUAAAAUGUGUAUAAUUAGAUAAGCACACCAAAAAUGUCAUUGAUUAAAAGUUAGAACCAUGUAAAAGAAAAAUUAGUAUUUAGAAAAAAAAAAUAUAGAAUAAGAACAAAAUAUGUAAAAUAUUCAUGAUAUGUCAACAUAACAAUAAAUAGUAGACAAAUAUUAAAUUAAAAAAAAAAAUUGUAUAGCUAUCAAUACAACACCAGAUAGGGAACUUAAAAUAUAAAAUAUAUAAGAUCAUUAACAAUAAAAGAAACACAACAAUGAAA